AUGAGUGAACGACAUCUCACGUCGUCUACUUAUCCUCAACUACAAUGGCAACAGAGUCAGAAACCAAGUUCUAAUGGAGGUCAUCAAGGUCAUUUCAUAGUGCCUUCUUCACAACGACCACAUUCAACUUCGGAUGAUGAUAUGACGGAACAUGAAGAUUUUACUAAUGAUGCAUCCACUAAAAUUGUUCAACGUCGUCAUAAACGAAAACAGGUUCAAAUUACACACAAUUAUAAUACGAGACAAAAUGCCAAUCGACAGUCAAAUCCACGGACAACAGCAUUGGAUCAGCUUAUUCAGCCGAACUAG